GUUGCCUAAAAAAUCCGAAAAAAUGAACUUUGCAAUUGAACAUUUGGGUAGGGCGGGGGAAAGAGCCGGGAACCUUGAACUCAAAACAAAAUUAUUUUCAACUCCGUUCCCUCUCCUAACCACCAAGGGCGGAUCAGUCCCUCAUCUAACCCGAGAGACCCUGGCGUACUUGAACCUACCGGAGACAGCGGUCCUGCUUCCAUAUGCAAACCAUGCAACACAGACGGAUAUUCUUCAACAAUUCAAGAAAGGCUUGGGAAGGUUUGUAGGUCUAGGAGAAAGUCUGGUAGUAAUGACGGUUCAAGAUCCUGGUUCUGAGACUAGAACUGGAUAUCAUGGUGCUAAGAAUAUAUCCGUCUGGAACAAUUGCAACAGAGAAAUUAUUACUCCGGGUCGGUUCAUGGAGUUUACAGGUUUAGCUAAACCGGAUCUCUGGGUUCCUCUGUGUGAUGGGGAUACCCCGGAAGGUUCCUCAAACAAGAGGAUAAGUAAGGCUGUGAAAAAGUCCCUUGAAUUCCUGGAUACGUGUCUAGAACUCAAGGAUGAAUAUCCUGAGCUGAAAGACUCCUUUAUCCUCGCUGCAGUGGAAGGUGGGACGGAUUUAGCAGCAAGAAAAUUCUCCGCUACACAAACAAGAACCAGGCCUGUUCAUGGAUUUCUCCUGGACGGGUUUCAUAAUAACGGAGAAAAAGCAGAGAUGACAUCUUGGGACGCAAUUAAAGAAGCCUUUGUUGAGACCGUUGAUAACUUACCCAAGGAGAAACCUAGAUUUUACUUUGGUCCGGCACCUCCUGACCUAGUCUUCAACUUGCUCGCCAGCGGAGUCGAUGUUUUUGACUCAUCCUAUCCUAACCUUGUUACAGAGAGAGAACAUGCCUUGAUAUUUCCUAACAUCUUCAAGAAAGAUUUAGUUCCGGAGAAGGGAAUUUUGAAACCGGAGAGGAGUAGGUUUGAGUUGGGUUUAAACGGAGAAGAGAUGAAACUUGACAUGUCUCCUCUAGUUGCUGACUGCUCCUGCUAUACAUGCAGAAACUUUACCAGAGCUUACAUCAACCAUCUUAUCCUUGUGAAGGAGAUGUUGGCAAAGGUUCUUCUUAAUCUUCACAAUCUUCAUCAUUAUCAAACCUUCUUUAAAUCUCUCCGAAGCGCAGUUACUGCCGACCAAGUAGAGAACUUUAAGUUAUCCGUUCUUCAGUAAAUAAACUUAUUAUUUCUUGCAUUUGUGAUUUAUACUUGGUUUAAUAAAUAUUUUCUAGUUUC